UUUUUUUUUUAUUAUUAUUAUUCUUUUACUCUCUCUCUCUCUUUCUCUCUUUUUUCUUUUUCCCUUUAAUUCUUUUUAUUAAAUCGUAUUAUAUUAUCCAUGAAAACAUUUACUGUUGAAGAAGUUAAGUUACAUAAUAACGCAAAAGAUUGUUGGAUUAUUAUAGAAGGUAACGUCUUUGAUGUAACCCAUUUUUUAAAUGAACACCCUGGAGGAAAGAAGGUGAUACUGAAGAUGGCAGGAAAGGACGCAUCCAAACAAUUCAAGACGUUCCAUAAUGCAUCUAUCAUGCAACGUAUAGGGCUUCCUAUGCAAAUUGGUGUCAUUGAGUCUACUGAGCAACCUGUCAUUAAAAAAGAGACUCCAUCAUUACCUGUCAAAAAUCAUGAACAGAAAAGGGCUAUAGUUACAGACGUUGUACAGAACAAGCAUCUAUCUAAAUUUGGUGAAGGUUAUCCAUACGGUGAUCCUUCUUGGUAUCAAAACUGGAACAGUCCUUAUUAUAAUGAGUCUCAUAUCAAAGUUCGUAAUGCAGUUCGUGAAUGGGUAGAUAAAGAAGUGAUUCCCUUUUGUCAUGAAUGGAGUGAAAAUAAAGAAAUUCCUAAAUCAGUUUUGAAGAGUGCUGCUAAAGUAGGUCUUCUUGCAGCUGUCUCUGGUGCUGCUACAGACCCUAAAAUGGCUCAUUUAUUACCCUAUGGCUUACCAAGUGGUAUCACUCUUUCAGAAUUUGAUAUCUUUCAUGAAUUUAUUUGUGUUGAUGAAGUAGCUCGAUGUGGAUCUGGUGGUCUUGUUUGGGCAUUACAGGGUGGAUUAGCCAUUGGACUUCCUCCUGUCAUCCAUUUUGCUAACGACGAAUUAAAAAAUCGAAUUGUUCCUGAAUGUCUUGCAGGAGAUAAAGUAAUUGCUUUGUGUAUUACUGAACCUUCUGCAGGUUCAGAUGUUGCUAAUUUAACUACUACCGCAAAAGAUAUGGGCGACUAUUUUUUGCUAAAUGGUGAAAAGAAAUGGAUAACUCAAGGUGCCUUUGCUGAUUAUUAUACAGUUGCCUGCCGUACAGGUAAUGAAGGUAUGAGUGGUGUAUCUCUUUUGUUAGUUGAGCGUACUUUCCCUGGUGUAUCAGCAAGAAAAAUGGACUGUCAAGGCAUGUGGGGAUCUGGUACUUCUUAUAUUACGUUUGAGGACGUAAAAGUACCCAAGUCUCACUUGAUUGGCGAAUUGAAUCAAGGCUUUAAAUACAUUAUGCAUAAUUUCAAUCAUGAACGUUUAGGUAUUAUCAUGCAAGCCAAUCGAUUUUCUCGUGUUUGUAUUGAGGAAUCAUUAAAGUAUGCUUUAAAAAGAAAGACAUUUGGUCAACGUUUAAUUGAUCAUGCAGUCAUUCGAAACAAGUUUGGACAUAUGAUUCGUCAAUGUGAAGCUUCACAUGCUUGGUUAGAAUCUAUCUUGUAUCAAAUCAAGACCUUACCUGAAGAAGAACAACCUUCUUUGUUAGCAGGCCCAAUUGCACUUCUUAAAGCCCAAAGUACACAAACAUUUGAAUAUUGUGCUCGUGAAGCAGCACAGAUCUUUGGUGGUUUAGCCUAUACUCGUGGUGGUCAAGGUGAAAAAGUGGAGCGAUUAUAUCGUGAAGUUCGUGCAUAUGCUAUUCCUGGAGGAUCUGAAGAAAUCAUGUUAGAUCUUGGUGUUCGUCAAAUAAUGAAGAAAUGUUCAAAAUUAUAAAAUAAAUUAACUUUCAUAAAAACUUAUUUAGAAGAAAAUAAAAAUAAAAUAAAAUAAAUCUUGUUUCUUUUCGUUCAUUGACAGAUUUUUUUCACUCAGCCAUUUAUUGACAGUCCCCCAUGCUUGAUGAUCAAUCAUCUUUUU